AUGAUGGGGGACAACAGAGGACGAGGUUACCUUAAAUGCGAUACGGACGAUGCCUGCGAGAACAAGGACGAAGGAGGCGGAGAGGAACUCUUCGACACGGUCAAUUCCUCCAUUGUAUCUGGGGACAGCAUCAGGUUCUUUGUGAAUGUCAACUUGGACGUACAACAGAAUGUUACAGCAGAAAGCGAAGGCGCUGGGUGCGUUUUAUUACACACAUCAAGAAAAUACCUAAAAUUAAAGAAUUUCGAGGAGGAAGUCAGAGCUCACCGUGAUCUUGAUGGGUUCCUGGCCAGAGCCAGUAUCAUCCUGGACGAGACGGCGACUUCUUUGGACGAUGUCCUGCGCGAGAUGUUAAAACACUUCGCAGAAGACUCGGACAACGCGGAGCCAAGCUGCAACUUUGACAAAAUCAUGAGCACUUUAUUCACUGAUUCAGGGGCCCCCAGAGAAGGGAAUGUUCACCUCCUGUCGGAUACAAUUCAGGGUGUCACAGCGACCGUCACGGGGGUGCAGUAUCAGCAGUCCUGGCUCUGUAUCAUUUGCACUAUCAAGUCCCUUCAGCGACGUCACGUCUGCAUCAGCCGGCUGGAAAGGCCUCAAAACUGGGGGGAGAACUCCUGCGAAGUGAGAUUCGUCAUCCUAGUGCUUGCCCCUCCCAAAAUGAAAAGUACUAAAACCGCGACCGAAGUAGGCCGGACAUUUGCCACAAUGUUUUCUGACAUCACCUUUCGGCAGAAGCUUCUAGAAACAAAAACAGAAGAAGAGUUCAAGGAAGCUUUAGUCCACCAACGUCACCUGCUGACCGUGGUGAACCAGAGGCCCUCGGCAGUUACGGACGGCCACAGAGUGCACAAUCACAAGCCCCUCAAGCUCCACGAGUUCUUCAAUGUUGGCAAGGGAAUUUUUGAUGACAUUGCACGAAGGUUUCCAGUGUACGCUCUGGACUUCACCGACGGCAUUAUUGGCACCAACAAAGCCAUCGGCAAGUACAUCACCACUAUGAUCUUUCUAUACUUCGCCUGCCUGCUGCCUUCCAUCGCUUUUGGCACCCUAAAUGAUGAAAACACCCGUGGAGCCAUUGAUGUCCAGAAGACGAUCGUAGGGCAGUGCAUCGGGGGUCUUCUGUACGCUCUGUUCUCAGGCCAGCCGCUAGUUGUGCUCCUGACCACAGCCCCUUUAGCUCUGUACAUCAAUGUGAUCCAAGGAAUCUGUGAUGACUACCAGCUAGAUUUCAGCGUCUUCUAUGCCUGGAUCGGCCUCUGGAACAGUUUCUUCCUCGUGCUUUACUCCCUCUUCAAUUUCAGUCUUCUCAUGAAACUCUUCAAAAGGUCCACAGAAGAAAUCAUUGCGCUUUUUAUAUCCAUCACGUUUGUGCUUGAUGCACUCAAAGGUAUCACUAAAAUUUUUAAAAAGUAUUACUAUGACAUCAACGCCAAUACCACAACCUUCCUGAAUUCUUCAGUGGAGCAUUCGGUGUCGGGGAACCAGACGGACGUCCACUCUGCCACCAUCCACCACGGGCGCGAGACAGCUGUUCUUAGUCUUAUGCUAAUGCUCGGCACUCUGUGGCUUGGUCACACCCUCUAUCAGUUUAAGAAAAGCCCUUACUUGCAUGCCCGAGUCCGCGAGAUCCUGUCCGACUGCGCCCUGCCCAUCUCGGUCCUCACCUUCUCCGUUGUGGGAUCCUAUUUCUUCAGGGAAAUAGAAAUGUCCAAAUUUAGCUACAACCCGUCGGAGAGCUUGUUCACAUUGGCUCGCAUCCAGACUCUUUCCAUUGGCUCCAUCAUGAGUGCGAUGGGUCUCGGGUUCCUUCUCUCCAUGCUCUUCUUCAUAGAGCAAAAUAUAGUGGCAUCGCUCACAAACGCUCCGGAGAACAGGUUGGUGAAGGGAACGGCCUACCAUUGGGAUCUGCUUCUAGUGGCCAUGAUCAACACCGGGCUCUCUCUCUUCGGUCUGCCGUGGAUCCACGCUGCAUUCCCUCACUCGCCGAUGCACGUCCGAGCUCUAGCCUACGUGGAGGAGAGGGUGGAGAACGGACACAUCUACGAGACGAUCGUGAGCGUGAAGGAGACCCGGCUGACCACCCUGGUGGCCAAUUUCCUGGUGGGCCUCUCGCUCUUGCUUCUGCCGUUCCCGUUGCACCUGAUUCCCAAGCCCGUCCUCUAUGGGCUCUUCCUGUACAUUGCCCUGACCUCCAUCGAUGGAAACCAGCUUUUCGAGAGGGUGGCCCUCUUGCUGAAAGAGCAGACAGCCUACCCUCCCACGCAUUACAUUCGCCGGGUGCCCCAGAGGAAGAUCCACUAUUUUACAGGGCUGCAAGUCCUCCAGCUCCUCAUCCUCUGUGGCUUUGGCAUGUCUCCUCUACCCUACAUGAAGAUGAUCUUCCCCCUCAUCAUGAUCGGAAUGAUCCCCAUCAGGUAUAACCUCCUCCCCAGGAUUAUCGAAUCGAAAUACUUGGAUGCCAUGGAUGCUGAGCACUAGGGUAGAACGAGCCCUUGGCCUUUGCAAGAAUUCACAGCUCUUUUUGGGAAACGGAAAGGAAGCUGUCGCCGGCCUGAGUUUACUUGUUGGAUGUUGGUUUGCGUUGGAACCUCCGAGACUUUCCAAGAUUCUGCACUGAUACUGAAAGGCCAGACACUGACCACGCACAUGAGUUUCUUGGGGGGUAGGGGAGCGAACCGGUUUUGUUCUGAACUCAGACUGGCUUUAUGGAAAUCCCCCCGAAUCCAAGUGUUUGGAAUUGCCACACACUUCUUAGCUUUAGGAGGGAAUCCCUAUUUUUACAUAUUUUUGACCCCUAGAACUGUGCUGACCCGUAAGCGGAGUCAGCAGUUGCGCCUUUUAUUCUGCAGCGCCAUCGAGCAAUUUGGAGCUUCGUUGCAGUUCCCCCACCCCGACUUCACAGAGCUUGUAAACCAUGACUAAGCGUGUGGGUGGCGGGGGAAUGAUUCAGUUGCUGGCUAGUGCGGUGUCUGCAACAGCUGGAAGCGCAACUUCUUUUUGUACCACUCGGCGUCUGUCAAUUUUGUGCAGCGUUCUGUUCAACGCACCCUUCAAAACGUUCCAGUGUGGAUUCACAUGCACGGCAAAGAGAGAGAACUGUUCUUUUCAGCUAGGCCCAAAGGCAGUUGGAGUGAUUCAGACCAUCUUUUGACACGGCCGUUUCUUCAGCAAGUCGCAAUUCGGAAUAGCCCGUUUCUACGUGGCAACCCUUCGACCAGGUGGUGAAGCUUGGCAGAAUUCCUCCCUCCUCAUAGGUGUACAGUGCUACCUACAUGUACAUAUAUACAUACCUAAUCUUGAUUUGUGUAUAUAUUUUGCUUAGUCAUAUCCUGGGUGUAGGUGCCUUUUCUUUCAUGAAACUGAAAGAGGGCUUUUGUGCAAUCAGUAUUCCUCGUUGUGUAUCUUACCCUGGCCUUUGUCAUUUCUCUGUUUCCAUCUUUCCUCCCUUCCUCCCCCUCUCUCAUUCUUACUGGUCACCUUUUUUCCUUUCUGACUGCUGUGGUCAAUUAUUCCUCUGUUGGUGCCUUUUAACUCAUCACUUCUCAUCCUUGUUGCUAUUGGCAUUUAAUUUUAAUGUACAGUAGGCAGUGAAGAAUGGGGGGCUGUGGGUUGGAAUUUUGGGUCGGGGUAUUUCUCUGCCUGCCCUUUGGGUGGGUUUUGUUUUUUUGUGGGGAAGGGAUUGUGUCUGCACUAUUUCAGUUUUGUAGCUGACCUCCCUGUGUGCUCCUCACAAAAAUAUUACAUUAUAUUUCUGGAAGAAUUCUGGCGCUCCUGAUGUCUGCUUUUGUAUUCUGUGGUUCCUAAUUGCCAUCUGUGUGUGUGUGUGUGUGUGUGUGUUUGUCUUCUGGCCUAUUUCCCUAGCUUUGGAAGCGCUGUGAAAACCUCCAUAUUGUGCUUUGAGCUCUGUGUUUGUCAAGGGUUUCUUCCGCCUCCCCACGAUUCCUCUGUGCUGCAGGGGCCUGGAAAGGUCUUUGCAAGGAAGGGGAAGUGAAACACGGAGGAGAUUCCAAAAACGCAGGGGAAGAAAAG